GACAAAAGUGUGUGUCAAGCCGGUCGCUGUUUAAAAAGGAAAGGAGGAAGAAAUGGCUUGGCACGUUGAUGGAUUUCAUCUUAAGAUAUCAGAGCUGUCAGUGGGAGAGAAGGCCUUUUUUGUGUUGUUGUCCUCUGCUUUCUCCACAUGGCAAGCGAAAGAGAAAAGUUGGGUAAUGUAAUGUGAGCCCAUUGGGUGUAAGGAUUGGUGGGUGGUUUUGGAAGGCGACUUUUGGUUUGAGAGAAAAGGUGGUAUUCGUGGUCUCUGUGGGUGUAUCAGAUACUGUCUUCUGAGUUCUGUAUUUAGUUUUAAAUUGGUUUGGAAAGUUAUUCAGAGUGGUGGUGUGUCUGUGGGUGUUUUCUGAUUCAUCCUUUGAGGUAUGGUUAUUUGGAGAAAUUGGAACAAGCUAAGUGAUUAGUGGGACUGGGAAUCCGUGUUUCUUCUGUAACACAGAGAUUGAUUGUGUUUUUUUUAAUGGUGGAAUCAUGCAUUUCAGGAGCAGCGACUUCUGGAAUAAUGUUGCUUUUGUAGAAAUGUAGCAAGGCAUAUUUGGGCUGGGUUUAGAAAGCUGUUGGUGAGAUGGCGAGUGCAAUCGAGUGUGAGAGUCUGUCAAUGAAUAAGGAUUUCUUAUUGAAGAAGGAUGAUGGCGGGGAUGAAUUGAAUGGAGAAUUAGAGUUGAGCUUAGAUUUAUCCUUGGGAGGAUCUAUGGGAAAGUCAAAGGAUAAGAAGAAGGAAAAUCCCUGUCUGCAGAAAUAUCCUUCUGGAAAUCUGCAGCCUUGCCUGAGGAAAUUCGCAUCUGGAAACUUUGAUGAGUCUGGGGAGGAAUCCAAAAGAAAUAUUGCAGGAAUUGAUAUUGAUUCAGGAAGAAGGGAGAUCUGGAAUAAUUGGAAUUUAAAUAAGCCUUCUGCAGCUGUUACUUCAGGUCCCCUUCCUCUGUCAAGGUCUCUGAGUGGUGCAGUCAGCUUUGAAGAAAUGAAACCAUUAGUGCUCCCCAAUGAGUCCAGUGGGAAACCAGCUUGGCCUCAUCAUUUCAUGCAUACAAGCGCGCCCAACACCAUGGUUCAGAAUGGAACAGGGCAUCCUAGGAUCCUCAGGACUUGCAGUGUUGGAACUCUCGGAGCAGGUUUCAUGACGCCUUCACCGUCUUCUGUUCUUCAUAGACAGCCAAGUCUUGAUGUGCUAAUGCCUGAUCAAAACCAGGAGAGUGUUCAAUCCACGAGGCAAAAGGAGGCUCUCGAGCAGCAGAGGAAACGAGAAAUGCAUGCCUUGAGGAGACAAGAGGCUAGGAAGAAAAGAGAAGAGAAAAAGGCUAGAAGAGAUGAAGGUAAAUCUUUUUCAGAGAAUAAGGUCUCUGUUUCUUUUCCUGUUAGUUCUGGUGCAAUUCUUUCUAGUAACAAAUGGAUGCUGAAUCCUGAGCUAUCGACCACCACUCAAACAAGUCAAAACGAGAUGGAUCGCAAGGAAGGAAAAUCAAAACCUAAAUCUCUCCUUGAAACUCAGAGAUCUUUGAAAAGAGACAGAGAGAAGGUUUCCAAAGAGGUUGAACCAUGGAUUGAAAAGGAGAAAAGGGUAAAGAAAAAAAAAAGUGGGAAUGGUUCCAUGGACCCCUUGCCCUAUGAUUUUGAUAUGGAGACUAAAGUUAGUGUUCCAGAUCACACUGAAACUAGGAAGUUAAUGGGUGGUAACGUUAAUGGCAAUUGCUCUACAAGAAGGAGCAGUAGCCCAGGAAGAGGAAACUCUACAAGGAAUACCAAUAGCCCAGGGAGAGGAAACUCUGGCAGUGAAGAGAAGAACUCUAAUAAUCUCUAUGAGAAUGGGCAUAAGAGCUCAAGCUCCAAUAUUGAGGAUUGUGAAAGCACAAUAUCGAGAAGCCAGGCUACAAAUUGUGAAGCCUCAGCCUCACCCUCGGCCUCACCCUCAACUUCAGUAGCUUAUACUAAUCUUCCAUUUCCUGUGGUACCAAUUACUUAUCCAUAUGCAAUGGCUGGUGCCAGUGGUCAGUGCAUGCCUCUGCCAAUUGGUUUCUCUAUCCCAUAUAUGAUGCCUUACUGGACACCUGCAAUCCAGCCGACAGGUUCCGAACCUUCCAAAUCUAAUGUCCCACAUAUGCCUAAUGUUAUCCAGCCUGCUUCUGCCUUCGGCAUUCCACCUUCCCAAAUGCCUAUUCAUGGAACUCUACCAAGUUGGCUAUCGGCGCCAAAGGCCAAGGGAACACCAGCAUCAGUGCAAAACUCUCAUUCUUCUGGAGGAUCGUUGGCCACGAGUUCUUCAAUUCCAGAUCAAGAUAGAAAAUCUUCUGAAGGAUCAAGCAGUGACGAGACAAAGAGUCAAUCAAUUAAAUCAGUAGAGCUAUCUCAGAAGGGUUUUCAAUCUUUAACUAGAUAUCCAUCUGUGAGCAAGGCUGAAGGUCAGAUUUUGUCCAUCUCAGAAGUAAGUGUAUCUCAUAAGGCAGAACAAGCACAAUUAAAAGAGGCAGCAGAGAAAAUUCCUUGCAGUUCAGCUCAAUCAGAUUUUGAAAACCCACCCUCCAAAACCUUUCAGGAGAGGACAAUUGAUGCACCAAGCAAGAAGAAACCCACACAUUUUGUUUCUCCUUCAAAUGAGAAGAAACAAAAUUCUUCUUGCCAUUCUGCGCCUGACCACAUUUCAGAGGAGACGCAAACCAAACAAACACAAGAUUCUAAAAAUGAAACACAAGAUCAAGACAAUAACUCCGAUUUGAAAGCGACAAGGAAUUCUCAAUUAGACAAUGGAUUGUUACACACUUUCCACAGGGUCACAACCACAGGAAUUGGGCCAAAGGGGAUAACAAUCAGUGGGAUCUUAUCUUACAGCAGUAAUCAAGUUAGAAUAGUUUGUGUAUGCCAUGGAACCCAAAUGUCGCCUGCAGAAUUUGUGCAACAUGCAGGUAGCACAGAUAUUUCAAAUCCUGAAAGAAAUAUAGUUGUCACUCCGACCCCUUUUAUAAUUCCCGCAACUUCGGCACGAGGUUAACGCAAAGACCAUAAAAAAUGCUCAGGGUGAGCAAGGUGGUUAAAAGUGUGGCAGUGCCUGGAACAAGCAAAGUGCCCUUUUGCUGGAUAUUGCAUGGAAAAAGGCAUUGCUACUUUUUGUACAAACUUUUCUGAAACAUAACUUUUGUGUUUCAGGGGGGUUGGGAGUUUCACAUUCAUGAUGUAAACAAGCAAGAAAAUAUGUUUGACACCCUUUCCUAGAGGCAAUACUCAAAAAUUUAUGAAACAUGUGAAACUGAUCUUACAGGGACCUGAAUUUGUAAUCUUCUUCCCUUCUGAUGGAAAUAGUUCCGGGAGAUGUGUUGUUAAGUUUUGUGGGGAAGAGACUAGUGAGUAGCUGGUAAAUAGAUAUUUAUUCUAGUUUGUAUAAAAUGUUUCUGUAAGAAUAUAUUGCAGGCAAAGUCUGCUUUGUUGCA